AUGUCUUCGACAGCAAGGCUGCUAUGCCAGCAGAAAAAAUGCCAUGGCUGCAAAGCUUUCAGCCCAAACCUUGACUCUGGCAUAGGCCGAACUGGGAGCACAGAGGUAGCACCAAAUAGCCCAGUCGUCUCAGCUGCUGCCUACAACUUUGGGCGAGCAAAAUCGACUAGCAAUCGGAUUGGCCUCUGUGAUGGCGGUUGCCACGUUGGCUUUGAAGACUUAUAUAUUGGCCAGCCAGGAGAGCCGGCAGACAUCGAGGCCCGUCUUUCGGGUCCAUUUCUCUCCCCCUCUUCACCUCCUGGAAUUAAAUCUUCUUUUCAAAAUGAUGUUGUCGCGGCAAUCUGUGAUGCGGAUUUUGUUGGGCUUCUCCUUAGUGGCAAAUCUGCAUAUAGGUUUGUUCUGAUUCCGGUAUCAUAUCUUGAUCUGUUUAGCCUCGGCUUUGAAGUGCGUCGUCUGCAAGUCGGAAGAGCACGGCGCCAAAUGCGACGACUGGGAUGCUCAUAG